UAUAGACAGAGAGAAUACUAAACUGAGUAAAGAGAGCACAGGUGUUUCAAAAGAUACUGACUUUUGUCAACUUUCUUAUCUUCUUAAAUGUUCCAUUUACGGACGGUGAAUCUUCCAUCCAUCUUCGCCCUCUUUUGCUCCCUUUCCAUUUAUUACUAUUUUUAUUAUUAAUAUAAAAUUUUAAAUUAAAUAACCAAAAUCUAAAGGCUUUCUUGCUGGCUGCCACACCCCUCUCAUGCCCCUAGUGUUCUUAUCGUGUUAUCGCUUGACCCAGCUGAGUUAGGUGCUAGUUGUAGAGAAAACAGGAAGAAGAAUCUCAAGAGAUGAAUGGGAAAGCAUAGGUUCUUGUCUCUCUCAUGCGCUGGCUUCUGCUUUGAUGUAGCCUCUGGUCACUACUGGGUUUGAGUGAGGACUUUCUCCUGGGUGUAUAAAUUGUGAGCUAUGAUCAAGCAGAUACUUGGUAGGCUUCCACGGAAGCCACCCAAGUCAUCUGAGAGUCGUGAAUUUGGGGGUUCUUCUGCCCCUUCUUUAAAUGCUCCUGCCAGUUCUAGAAGCAGUGAUCUUGUGAGUGAUGGUCCAAUAAAUUUGGACCGUGUGACUAUUUUGGGUACCAAUUCUGUUGUCAAUUUUGGCUACAGUCAGGAAAAUAAAUUUCCCCAAAUUGGAAAUCCAAAACUGAAUGGCGCUGCAGUAGUCACUUCCUACGAAGCACUACCAGGAUUCAGGGAUGUUCAGAGCUCUGAGAAGCAAAACUUGCUGAUUAGAAAAUUGAACUUGUGCUGUGUUGUGUUUGACUUCACUGAUCCAACCAAGAGCUUGAAAGAAAAGGAUAUCAAGCGGCAGACAUUGCUUGAGCUUGUGGAUUAUAUUACUUCUGCAAAUGGGAAAUUCACAGAGACUGUCGUGCAAGAAGUUAUAAAGAUGGUAUCUAUUAAUUUGUUUAGGUCUCUUGCACCACAACCCCGAGAAAACAAGGUUUUAGAAACCUUUGACUUGGAGGAGGAAGAGCCUCUGAUGGACCCUGCAUGGCCUCAUUUGCAAAUUGUGUAUGAGUUUCUUCUGAGAUUUGUUGCGUCACCAGAAACAGACGCAAAAUUGGUUAAAAGGUAUAUUGACCACUCAUUUGUUCUCAAGUUGUUGGACCUCUUUGAUUCUGAUGAUCCCAGGGAGAGGGAGUAUUUGAAAACUAUUCUACAUCGCAUCUAUGGGAAAUUUAUGGUGUAUCGCCCAUUUAUUCGGAAAGCUAUCAAUAACAUCUUCUUUCAUUUUAUUUUUGAAACUGAGAAGCAUAAUGGGAUUGCUGAGCUUUUAGAGGUUUUGGGCAGUAUAAUCAAUGGGUUUGCGCUGCCACUGAAAGAAGAACACAAGUUGUUCUUGGUGCGAGCUCUAAUUCCCCUUCACAAACCAAAAUGCCUUCCGAUGUAUCAUCAGCCAUUAUCAUACUGCAUUACACAGUUUGUGGAGAAAGACUGCAAACUUGCAGACACUGUUAUAAGAGGUCUGUUGAAGUAUUGGCCAAUCACUAAUAGUUCAAAAGAGGUUAUGUUCCUUAAUGAGAUGGAGGAAGUUCUUGAGGCAACUCAACCAGCAGAAUUUCAAAGAUGUAUGGUACCCCUAUUCCGUCAAAUUGCUUGUUGCCUGAGCAGUUCACACUUCCAGGUGGCAGAAAGAGCGUUAUACUUGUGGAACAAUGAUCACAUUGAGAGCUUAAUCAGGCAAAACCGAAAAGUCAUACUGCCGAUUAUCUUCCCUGCCUUGCAGAAAAAUGGUUGUAAUCACUGGAAUCAGGUGGUCAAAGGCUUGAUACUUAAUGUCCGUAAGAUGUUCUCUGAAAUUGAUGCUGAGCUAUUUGAGGAGUGCUUGCACAAGUUUCAGGAUGAUGAAUCAAAAGUGGAGGAGAUCAAAAGAAAACAUGAUGAUGUAUGGAAGCGCUUGGAAGAGAUUGCUGCAGAAAAAGCUGCAACUAGUGAAGCAGUUCCUGUACCUCAGUGCAGCCCAUUUGCAUGGAUACCAUCUACUGCUUACUCCCCAAGUGGAACUAUUACCGUAGCCCAGAUUCCCAUUAGUGCAUGAGAGAGUUGUUUUGGUGUUGUUAUAGGUGAUUUUUGAAGAGUUACAUGAAGCAUUUAGCUACAAUGACAGGCAAGUUAGGCACUUGGCUGUGAUUUUGAUCAGUUCUCAGACUUACUGAGCUGCUCAAUCUCAUUUCCUUUGUUGUAUUCAUAUAUAUUUGUUCAUUGUUCUACAAAUGAAACCUUUAUUGCGUGUAUUCUUAUUUGUACAAAUUGUAAUAGAAGUGAAUGGGUUUAAGUGGAGAUAUCGUGAUUGUUUUUUGGUA